AUGACGGAGCAUUUGUGUAAUCCGUUGCUGGUGGAAGAAUUAGAGGAAAAGUUGCCCCCGAGUUAUCAGCUGGAAUGGGUGCGAUACCGUCGGAACAACAAAGGGACAUCCUUGAAGGUGUUCGCAGAUUACAUGAGCGAGCUGAUCGAGGACAUUACCGAGAUGAAGGAUCUCGAUAAUCACAGGACGCAAGUAGGAAGCAGCCGAGGUGAUAAACGCAUGAGAGUCCACCACCAUGCAGUUGCACAGGAAGAAAAGAAGUGUUUCGUGUGCCAGAGUGCCUUACACAAGGUGAGAAACUGUGAUGAAUUUAAAAAUCUCUCCGUAGGUAGACGGCUGGAGAGUGUGGAGAAAUAUGGGCUUUGCAAGAACUGCCUAAACUACCACGGCAGAUCAGCGUGCAGGUUCAAACGAGCCUGCGAUCGUGAAGGAUGCGAAGAAAAACACCAUCCCUUGCUGCAUCCGAAUCGUACAACCGUCAGUGAGGAACUAUGCAAUGUACACAGCGAACAAGGUAAAUCAACAAUAUUUCGCACGAUGCUAGUUACUCUGUCUGCCGGAGAGAUGAAGUGCGAUACGGUGGCGUUCUUCGACGAAGGAGCGUCAGGUACAUUCAUAGAAGAAAAACUGGCUGAUGAUCUAGAGCUGAAGGGAGAAUUGCAACCGCUAGUUAUGACGUGGAGCGGAGGAAUUGAGCGGCGCGAAGACAGUUCCAGGAAAAUUGACGUGGUCCUGUCAACCUCCAGUUCUCCCGAGAAGUUCCUUCUGAAAGGAGCACGAACUGUUAAGAAGUUGGUUCUGCCGAAGCAGCGAGAAUCGUGUCGACAAUUGAAAGAGCGGUAUGCCCACCUUAGAGACGUACCAGUAGAAGAUGUUGCAAGGAAACAUGUGGGAAUUAUGAUCGGGCUGGACAACAUUCAUUUAUUCGCGCCACUAGAUUCGAAGAUUGGUCAACCUGGCGAACCAAUCGCAGUGAAAAGCAAAAUUGGGUGGUCCAUUUAUGGGCCAAGAAAGUUGAGAAGUGACAGCGGGCAAGAAGAAAAUAGUAACUAUCAUACAUCUUUCCUAGUUUCAAACGAAGAGCUACACGACGUCCUAAAAGCACAAUAUAUAACGGACAACACUGGAGUUUCGGGGGUUAAUCCGCCAGAAUCGAAGGAGGAGCGCAGAGCAAGAAAAAUCCUAGAAGCGACCACGGUGCGCGUAGGAAAUAGAUUUGAGACCGGGCUGCUGUGGAAAGAAGAAAAAAGGAGGUUUCCACCCAGUUACGAGAUGGCCAAACAACGUGUGGUGAGCUUGCAGCGGAAGUUGGCGAAAGACACUGAGCUCAGUAGUGCACUACAGGACAUGAUCCAGGAGUAUCAAGACAAGGGUUAUGCCCAUCUAAUAACGCAAUCGGAACUAGAAGAAACAGAUCCGGCUGCGGUUUGGUACCUACCGAUAAGCGUAGUAAAAAAUCCAAACAAGCCCGGAAAAAUAAGAAUGGUGUGGGAUGCAGCUGCAUCAGUGAAAGGAAUAUCAUUGAAUACAGAGCUGCUUAAAGGUCCCGACCUACUCUGUUCACUACCAUCUGUGCUGUGUCCGUUCCGAGAAAGUAGCAUCGGCUUCGGAGGCGACAUAAAAGAGAUGUAUCAUCAGAUCGCGAUACGAAAGGAGGAUAAGCAAGCGCAACGGUUCCUUUUCCCGGAUCCGAUAAAGAACGAACCUCGAAUAUUUGUGAUGGACGUUGCCACGUUCGGUUCGACGUGCUCGCCUUGUUCAGCUCAAUACGUAAAGAAUGCGAAUGCUGAUGAAUACGCAGACGAAUUUCCAGAAGCUUGUGAUGCGAUCAAGUAUCGACACUAUGUGGAUGACUAUUUGGACAGCACAGAUACUAUCGAGGAAGCUCUGACGUUAGCAAAGCAGGUUAAAUAUGUUCACUCUAAAGGUGGUUUCCACAUAAGAAAUUGGGUUAGCAAUGAAGAAAGACUUAGCGAAGAAAUGGGCGAAGAAAAGCCUGCACAGGAGAUCCACUUCAAGGAAAAAUAUGCCGAAGGGAUGGCUAAAGUAGAUCGAGUGCUGGGCAUAUUAUGGAACGUGAAGAAAGAUUCGUUUCAGUUUCGACCGCCCUCUAAAGCUCACGAAUAUGACCACCCAUCUAAGCGAGCGGUG